AUGUCGUUAGGUUCGGGAGCUGGAUCCGGAACAAGGUCCCGGUCGGCUACUUUAACUGGAAGAUCGGGCCGAGGGAAUAUCACAGCAGACUCCACGAUGAUUUCUGCGACCAGCGUAGGCGCUGGGGCUCCAUCAAAUAUCGCUGGGGCUCCCGGAGGAAUUCUGGGAAGCUUUCCACAUGACAUACCUCCGGAUUUGGUGCUAUUACUACAGAAACUCGAAGAGGAUUUCACAGUAAAUAAGACAAUCGACCAAUGGACAUAUAUCAACCGUCGUGAAGAGAUCAUGCAAUCGGUUACAAAACUUCACCAACAACAACAGGAGUUGCAGGAACAGCAAAUAGACCCUGAUCUGCUAUCAAAGCCAUUGUUUCCUCGAAAACUGGCAGAAUUCUUGAAGGAACAUAAAUUUCUGCUGGAGAAACUAGUAGACGUUUUGGCCGGUAGGGCCAAUACAUAUACUGCAGAGCAGGCUUUUUUAGUGCUUGACUCAAAGGGAAAGGAAGUCAAUUCUAUCUCCUGGGAAAAACUCUACUUGAAAUCUGUGAAAAUAGCUUCUGAAAUCCGGCACAAGUCUACAUUGAAAAAUGGAGACACUGUCGUGUUGCUUUAUAAGGAUGGAGAAGUAGUAGAAUUCGUUGUAGCUUUUCUCGGUUGUAUCAUGUCAGGUGUAACAGCUAUUCCCAUUCAUCAGGACAUAUCUAUUCAUGAAGUUUUGGACAUUAUCAACUUAACUGGCACCAAACUUGUGCUCUAUUCAGAAGUAGUAGCUAAAGAACUUGAUCGUCUCAAUGCUCAAAGUCAGAGAAUAAACUGGCCCCCUAAACUUUUACGAUGGAGGACGACUGAAUUUGGGUCCGCAAAGAAGUCUGAACUUUCCCACUGGCUUUCGCGAGAGAACCAGAAGAAAAUCGACUUGUCCAAGACGCAGCUAGCAUACGUAGAAUUCUCCAGAUCUCCGGUAGGAGAAUUGCGAGGAAUUGCGCUCAGUUACAGAACUAUAUUGCAUCAGAUGAACUGCCUUAAUGUGUCAUUACUGAGUUUGCCUGAUUCUGGAGGCGGUCUUCAGCGAAGUUAUAAAGAAUACAAGAGAAACAAGAAAGUAGUUUUAGCUACUCUUGAUAUCCGAUUUUCCAUCGGAUUAAUUCUUGGAGUCUUAUUUACAAUCUACUCUGGUAAUGUUCUCAUAUGGGCACCUCAGAGAGUGAUGGAAAUUCAGGGUUUAUAUGCCAACAUUAUUACCAAGUGUCGUGCUUCGUUGUUGCUAGCUGACUAUAUUGGUUUGAAAAGAGUUACCUAUGAUUACCAGCAAUCUCCCAACGCCACGAGGUAUUUUUCAAAAACACAGAGAGUUGAUUUUUCCAGUGUAAAGUGGGUCUUGGUCAAUGCAUUAACCAUUGAUGGAGAAUUCAUGGAAAUCUUGGCUCUGAGAUACUUGAGGCCUUUGGGAUGUCAGCAUCCGCAGAAUGCCAUUAUACCUAUGUUGACUUUAAGUGAAUAUGGUGGAAUGGUGAUAUCAUUAAGAGACUGGAUUGGAGGAAGAGAUAAAAUGGGCUUGGCUAAUACUUCAGAGGAAGAUGACGCAAACUUCAACGACUUAUCUGCUGUUCUAAUUGACAAAGAAGCGUUAUCCAGAAAUCUUGUCACUAUUCUAGAUACAAAUCCUCUAGCUUCAGACGAAGUUCCACACAACGCAUUGCGUGUUGAUGCCUUUGGAUACCCUUUGCCAGACGCUACACUAGCAGUAGUGAACCCAGAACUGUCUAUCUUAGUACGUAAAGGAGAACUAGGAGAAAUAUGGAUAGAUAGUCCUUGUUUAUCAGGAGGGUUUUAUGGAUUGAGGAACGAGUCGAAACUGAUUUUCCACGCCAAAUGUCGUGAUGCUAACGGUAUGCUUGAGAUGGAUUUCUUGAGAACAGGUUUACUUGGAUUCGCUCACAACGGUAAGGUGUUUGUUCUUGGGUUGUAUGAAGAUAGAAUUAGGCAAAGAGUCAGUUGGAUUGACCAAAAAUUGUAUCAGAAGUUGAACAGAGACUUGGUCAUUGGGAACGGUUCGAGAUACCAUUAUUCUUCUCAUUUAUUGGCUACGUUGGCCAGUGAAGUGAGACAAGUCUAUGACUGUACGAUUUUUGAUGUUUUCAUUGGCAAUGAAUACUUACCUGUAGCUAUCGUGGAAGCUGAAGUUGUACGUAAGCUAGUGGAUGACUCAGGUAAUAUUGAACCAAAUGCCAAUAGUGGUUCGUCUAGUACAAACAAGCCAGGAGAAGGCGAAGUUCAAUUCAAUGCCCUUCCACAUAACGAACCUGUUUUGAACACGAUUGCCCAGAACUGUUUCGAUACAUUGUACAAGAGACACUACUUGAGGUUGUAUUGUGUUGUUGUGGUGGAUAUCGAUACGUUACCGAAGAUCAUGAGGAGUGGAGGCAGAGAAAUUGCCAACAUGCUUUGUAAGAAGAGGUUCUUAGAAGGAAGUUUGAAAGCUGAAUUCGUGAAAUUCUUUGUACGCAAAUCAAUAAGUAUGGUUCCUCAUGGUGAAGACGUCAUUGGUGGCAUUUGGUCGCCAUAUGUUUCUGAGUUGAGAAAUGUAGCAUUACAAAAGUUUCCAAACCAAUUUUCGACUAUUGACUACCGUGAGAAAUCUCUCGAUGACAAGACUGGAGCUCCUUUGACGGAUUUUAAAACAAUUGUAGAUAUCUUGAAAUUCAGAGUUGCCAGUUCUGGAGACUCUGUUGCGUUCCAGAAUACUGAUAGUUCAGGAAAGGGUUCUAAACCGUUGACUUGGAAAAAGUUCGAACAUCGCGUCUACGCCGUCUGCAGUUACCUUAUUGAGAAGACCAAUGUGAAGCCAGGUCAAUACGUCAUAUUGAUGUAUUCAUUGUCGGAAGAGUUCGUUGUUGCCGUAUACGCCUGUUUGAUUUGUGGUAUCAUUCCAAUUCCCAUGUUGCCAUUUGAUUCCAACAGGAUCGGCGAAGAUUUCCCUGCCUUUGUUGGUGUUAUUCGUGAUUUCGAUGUGAGUGAGAUUUUAGUAAAUGAUGAAGUGGAAAAAUUCUUGAAGAAUGGCCCAGUUGCCGAUUCAUUGAAGAAGAUAGCUCAUCGCAAGUCCAAGAUUGUCAUCAAGAAUACAUUGAAAUUAACCAAGGUAUCCAACAUAGCUUCCUUAAAUUCUAAGGUGGCCAAGUAUCAGGCAGCAGUAAACUUCAGAGAUGAGAAUACUACAGCUUUGGUUUGGUUGAAUUUCACAUCUGAUCACUAUAGAGUGGGUGCCACGUUGAGUCACAAGAACAUUAUUGGUAUCUGUAAAGUUUUUAAAGAAACGUGUAACUUAUCUUCCAAAUCAGCUAUUGUUGGAUGUGUUCGUCAUUCUUCGGGAAUUGGCUUUAUUCAAUCUGCUUUACUUGGAGUGUUUUUGGGUACCACAACUUAUCUCACGUCACCAUUCAGUUAUGCUGCCAAUCCACUUGCUUUUUUCUUAUCCCUUGCUCGUUGCAAGGUUAAAGACGUUUUUGUGACGGAACAGAUGUUGAAGUAUGCCGCAGUCAAGUUUACACCCAAGGGUUUCAAUUUGACAAACUUGAAGAACAUGAUGAUCAGUACUGAAAAUCGAGUUGAAAUAGACUUACUUAGAAAGAUUGCUAAGGUAUUUCAACCUACAAAGUUGAGUGCUGCAUCGAUGUCAACUGUGUACAACCAUUACUUCAAUCCUAUCAUUGCAACUAGAUCAUACAUGACAGUAGCUCCGGUGGACCUUUUCUUAGACCCAAUAGCUUUAAGGCAGGGGUAUGUUUCUGUGGUGAAUCAAGCCGAAGUUCCAAACGCAUUACAUAUACAAGACUCUGGAAUGGUUCCAGUUUGUACUGAAAUCGCCAUUGUGAAUCCAGAAACAAAGAGAAUAUGCAAGGAAGGCGAAUUUGGAGAAAUAUGGGUUUGUUCUGAAGCCAACUUGACCUCUUUCACCAAUGGUCCCAAGGGCCCUGUAGACAAGUUUAGCGAUAUCCAGUUCAACGGAAUUAUAGCUGAUGGAGACCCCAACGUAGUUUAUUUGAGAACGGGAGAUUUGGGGUUCUUACACCAUAUAUCAAUUACCAAGAAUGGAGGUGACCCCAACGACAAUAAUGAUAUCACAUCGUUCCAGCCACUUUUUGUAUUGGGCAAGAUAGCAGAUACUUUUGAAGUUAUGGGUUUGCACUACUUCCCGAUCGAUAUUGAAAACACUAUCGAAUCUUGUCAUGCAGACAUGUUCAAGAAUGGCUCAUGUAUCUUCAAGUGUGCCGAUUACACUGUGGUUGUAUGUGAAUCCAAGAGACAUAGAUAUUUUGCCUCUCUUGUUCCCUUGAUUGUCAACACUGUUUUGAGUAAACAUCACAUAGUAGUUGAUAUUGUGGCCUUCAUCAGAAAGGGCGAAUUUCCUAUUUCCAGGUUGGGUACCAAACAAAGAGCCAGAAUUGUCGAUGCGUGGGUUCAAGGAGUUAUUCCUAUUAUUGCUUCGUAUGGUGUAAAUUAUGGAGAGAAUAGUAUGAUCAAGUUGGUGAAAGAAAUCGACGUUGUUGCCAGAGACCACCCAAUCACGGGUUUAAAGAAUCCAGCUUUAUCGUACUACGAUACUGAUCUUGAAGAGAUAGAGGAUGUAUUUGACGACAAUCGGGAAGGUUUAGUUUUGAAUGAUGGCAAAUUUCCCGAGGGGGUUGACAGAAGAGCAGAGUUUUCUGUGGGGAACUACAGCACCAGCACGAAAUCAGAAAGUACUAGCUAG